UCCCCAAAAAUGUCCACCCAAGCCCAUCACCUCCUCCAACCCCUCCUCCUGACUCCUUCCCUUCACCUGCGGAACCGCAUAGUAAUGUCCUCCCUGACCCGCAACCGCUGUAUCGACGCCAAUAAACCUACCCCCAAAACUGCGACCCACUACGCAACACGGGCCAAAGACGGCGUCGGUCUCAUCAUCUCAGAAGGAAUCUUCAUAUACCUCAACGGCUGCGACUACGAGCACACACCCGUACUUUACAAAGAAGAACAUGUGGCACCUUGGAAGAUGGUUACUGAUGCUGUGCAUAAAGAGGGUGGGGUAAUUUUUGCGCAGUUGUGGCAUCCUGGACGCAGCCAAAACGAAAACAUGCCCAUGCUGAGAGACGCAAACUACCCCGUCCUAGCUCCUUCGGCGAUCCCGAGUGAGUCUGGGAGUUAUCAUUUGCUAGAUGGAAAGCCUCCUCACACACGCUCCCCAACCGCCAUGACGAAAACCCACAUCCAGGAAAUCCUCAAACAAUACACGACCUCUGCGUCCCUCGCAAAAGCCGCAGGCUUCGAUGGCAUAGAAGUCCUCGCGCAAGGAGACUUCCUAGUCCACAAUUUCCUGCUCAGCCGUUCAAACAACAGAUCAGACGAAUUCGGCGGCUCAACAAAAAACCGUACCCGCUUCCCACUGACGCUGCUCGAGGCCCUGACAUCAGUAUUCCCCGCGUCCCGCAUCGGCAUCAAGAUCUCGCCGUCCGAUAAUAUGGGCGACACUGCGUCUCCAGUAUCUGAAACCACGGCGACAUAUACGCGUUUGAUCGAAGAAUGCGUUGCCAUGAAUUUCGGGUAUAUCUGUCUUUCGCGAAGGGGGGUCAUGGAAGACGGGAAGAGCGUGGAGAGGCCGGAGGGGAUGGAGUUGGAUGAAGGGUAUGAUGUGCUAGAGACGUUUGGAGGGUUGGUUAGAGGGAAGAAGAGUGGGAGCGAGACCAAGUUGAUGGUUAAUUACGAGUGUGGGGUUGAAGAGGCCGAGGGGCUUUUGGGGGAGGGGAAGGUGGAUUUUGUGGGAUUUGGGAGACCGUUUAUUUGUAAUCCUGUAUGUGUUCUCUCCUUCUUCUUCAUAUUUUUUUCUUCGUCUUUGGGGGGAUUUGUGUAUGUUUGGGAGCGAGACUGUGUGUUUGUGUCGGGGAGAGAGAAAGACAAAGGAGAAUGCGGGCUAAUCUUUUUCUCCCCUGUACGUGGGGAGGGAACAGGAUUUCGUAUCGCGUGUUAAACGAGGCUCGAAGCUCGCGGAGAACGAUCGGGGUGGGUGGGUUUAUUACGGACCUUAUGGGGAUGUGAAUGAGGGCUAUAAUGAUUGGGCGUUUGCUGAUGACGA